AAUCAGCCCACCAGUAUUUCUUCAAUACGAAUUCCCUAGUUCUUUGUUGACGUCCCCUUCUUUAUAAAACUCCUCUCUCAUCUCUCUCUCUCUCUCUCUUUUGAUUUUCGGGGUUUUCGAUUAUUCACAGUACUCUUUGUGGCUUCUAUCACCUUGGUUUUCAGUGCUCACUGCCUCCCUGAAUACUCGAAAGUUUCCCAGCAACUAAUGGCAAAGUUCAACCUAACUUCAUGUGAAACACCCUUAGGAAAGAGUUGAUGGUGAUAGCUUAGACCACGUCAAACCAGCUCUUAUAUACUUAUUUUGGAAUUUUUUUUCUUUAUCUUGACAAUUUCUUACUUUUUUUGGUACAUCAUCAGGGUCUUUUUCCCACUUCACCGAUCCCUUCCCCUCCCAUUAACCUGCACUUUUCUAUCACCCAGGAAAAUAAAGCAAACAAAGAAAGAGAAGAGGUUUACAAUGAGUGACAGUUUUUCUGAUUUUUUGGAAGAACCUGAAUUUGCCGACACUAACUUGGACGGAGACGAUCUCUUCGCUAUUUUUGAGAGCUUAGAUAGCGUAACCGAGUUCCCCCCAGUUACACCAUCGGAUGAAGUUGUUGUAAGCUCAAAAAAAAGAGAAGAAAGGACGAGGCUGGUGUCUCAGAAGUCAUCAUCUUCUAGUGCUCUGCUCGAGUCUGAGACUGAGAUCGAAACUUCUCCAAAGAGCAAGAGACAAAAGACCACAGCAGCUUCUUCAGAGGAAGUGGUAAACCCAGACGGGCAACAAAAGAUGUCUCAUAUUACAGUGGAGCGCAACCGGAGAAAACAAAUGAACGAGCACUUGUCUGUCUUAAGAUCACUCAUGCCAUGCUUCUAUGUCAAGAGAGGAGACCAAGCAUCAAUAAUUGGAGGUGUUGUUGAUUACAUCAAUGAGUUGCAGCAAGUUCUACAAUCCCUUGAGGCCAAGAAGCAAAGAAAAGUUUACAGUGAAGUACUUAGCCCUAGGCUAGUCUCAAGUCCAAGACCCUCACCACUUAGCCCUAGAAAACCACCACUGAGUCCUAGACUCAAUUUACCUAUAAGCCCAAGAACCCCACAACCAGGCAGCCCCUACAGACCUAGGUUACAGCAAGGCUACCUCUCCCCCACCAUGGUCAGUUCGCUGGAACCAUCUCCAACUUCGUCUUCUUCCUCCAUAAAUGACAAUAUCAACGAACUGGUUGCAAAUUCCAAGUCUGCCAUUGCCGCUGUGGAGGUUAAAUUCUCUGGCCCAAACGUUCUAUUGAAAACAGUAUCUCCCAGGAUUCCUGGUCAAGCUGUGAAGAUCAUUUCUGCCCUGGAAGAUCUCUCGCUAGAGAUCCUUCAAGUGAGCAUGAACACUGUAGACGAGACCAUGCUUAAAUCCUUCACCAUCAAGAUUGGAAUUGAAUGCCAACUUAGUGCAGAGGAGCUCGCUCAACAAAUCCAGCAAACAUUCUGCUAAUUAGUAGGUUUAAUUCAACCUUCAAAUCCGAACCUAAAAACCCCUUUUAAUUUCUCUCUUUAGCUCUAAAGAUGCAUGCAUGUAGUAAUAAAGAAAUAUAGGGAGGCAUUUACCAGCAUUCCUAUUAACAAGCGUUAUUGUAGAUCAGUCUCAUGACCUGUAGUAAGUUUUUUUUUUUGACAAGCCAUGUAGUAAGUAGUUAGCUAGCUAGUAGCUAGGGUAAUAUAAUCCUUUGUAAUUGAGCAUUCUCAAUUUCUUAAGUUUUAUUUAAAUUAAUGUAUGAAUUCAAUUUCUAAUUUCUCAGUCCAA